AUGGACCAGAUCCACAAGCUCAAUGUUGUGCACCGUUAUGAGAAGCGCAGCCUUCUCAUUGCGAUCAACUGCAUCGCCGGUCUUUCAAUCCUGUUCUUCGGCUAUGACCAGGGUAUGAUGGGCGGUGUCAACACUGCAUACGAUUACUACACCCGCAUGGGCUUCGGCCAUCGAGGACCGAAUGGAGAGGCUGUUGUUGACCACGCCCUGCUUCAAGGAGGGAUUGUCUCUGUCUACUACCUUGGCACUCUGGUCGGCUGUUUGAUUGGUGGUUCCAUUGGCGACCGCUAUGGACGUAUCAAGACUAUAUUCGUCGGCGCAGCAGUUGCUACCGUCGGUGCGUGUCUGCAAUGUUCGGCCAUGAACCACGAGUGGAUGAUCUGCGCACGUUUGGUCAAUGGCUGGGGCACGGGCAUUCUCAACUCUAUCAUCCCUGUCUGGGCUACCGAAACUGCUGAACAUACCUCGCGUGGCCAAUUCAUUGCUAUCGAGUUCACUCUAAAUAUCUUCGGUGUUGUCAUUGCAUACUGGCUUGAGUACGCAUGCUCCUUCUACGGCGACGGCACCUCGUCCUUCAUCUGGCGCUUCCCGAUCGCAUUUCAGAUCCCCAUGCUCAUGAUACUCAUGGCUGGCGUGCUUUUCUUCCCAGAGUCUCCGAGAUGGCUUAUCAAGGUUGGACGCGAGGCUGAGGGACGUUAUGUUCUUGCGCGGCUCCGCGGCGACACAGGAGCAGACAAAAAGAAAGCCGAGGCAGAGUUCCAGGAUAUCGUCGCCUCGUGCGAGCUCGAGCGUUCCAACUUCCGUAAGCAGAGUUACUUCCACAUGCUUUUCGGCAUUGGUUCCGGCAAGUUGCAUACCGGAAGACGUGUACAGCUUGUCGUCUGGCUUCAGAUCAUGCAGGAGUGGGUCGGCAUCGCUGGUGUCACAAUAUACGCGCCUACCAUCUUCGGAAUUGCAGGCAUGAGUCCCGCAAAGCGGCAAUGGAUCUCGGGUCUCAACAACAUCUUCUACAUGUUCGCCACACUUAUCUGCGUCUUCACGCUCGAUCGCAUCGGCCGGCGUUGGACUCUUUACUGGGGAUCCGUUGGGCAGGGCAUCGCGAUGGCUCUUGCCGGAGCGUUCUCAUAUCUCGGCCAGCAAGCAACAGAUAGUGGCAAGGUUGCCUCGUACGGUAACGCAGCUGUGUCCAUGGUGUUCAUCUUCACUGCCAUCUUCGGCGCGACCUGGCUCACUGUGCCGUGGAUUUACCCGGCGGAAGUGUUUCCACUCGAAGUCCGAGCCAAGGGAAAUGCUUGGGGUGUUGUGGGAUGGUCUAUCGGCAAUGGUUGGCUGACUUUACUCUGUCCCAUCAUGUUCGAGGCGCUUGGCGAGAAGACACUGUACAUAUUUGCAGCCUGCAACGCGAUUACUCUCCCUAUGGUAUGGGCGUUGUAUCCAGAGACAAAUCAGCGCACUCUUGAGGAGAUCGAUCUGCUGUUCGCUUCCGACAGCAUAUGGAACUGGGAGGCGGAGAAGAAUUUCAAGAUUCUGCACGAUCAGAUCAGAUACGAAAACGGCAACGACUCCAGGGACGAUGUUGAGUCGGUGUCGCAGAGGAAGGGCAGCGUUGUGAGGGAUAUGAGUCUGCAUGUUGAAGACAGUAAGCUGCGAGAUGUUUAA